AGACAGAGAGAGAGAGAGAGAGAGAGAGAGAGAGAAAAGAGAGAGAGACAGAGAGAGAGAGAGAGAGGGAGGCUGAGAGCUUAUAUAAACGCUGCUUUGGGAAGCUAGGGAGCUGCAGGAGGAACAUUUUUUACAGGAAUAUCAACCACGACGACAUAUAAACUGACGACGUCAUCGCUCACAUCCUGCGUGCAUGUCGGCCAUCGAAGGAUCAUCCUGGAGUUGGUGACCACAGACUUGGAUAUUAAAUCCCUCUCUGCUGUGACGCAUCCAUUGUUCCACCGGCACCGUUGGACUCUGUGCCAGCGAAGGAGCGAAACUAAAUGUCUGCGACAUUGCCAAAAGCUACACUUCCUGCCAAGUUAAUGAAGUUGUAAGUAGGUUAUACCAGAGCUGUCAUUUUCACACCUAAUCCAUGAAAUGGCCCCUCCUCUUGGAUGAGAGACUGUAACCCCAGCCGGUAUGGCGUUGCUGCUCUCCAGGCUGCACUGCCCCUUGAAGCGAGCUCAGAUGCUCCUGCUGUGCCUGGGCAUCGCCUACCUUAUGGCGGGCAGCAUCCUGCUCAUGCAGCGCUCCAACAUCAGAGUAGCGCAGCCGAGCUUCCCUGUGCUGCCGCCUUUACUCGCGCUCGCUGCGCCUCCGACUACACUGUGGACUGCAAGUUUGGGUGUGAGGGCGCGCUCCAGAUGGGCAGUGGUGCAGUCUGCAUCUGGUGGGAAGGCCAAGGUGGGACAACAAUGGCCGACGUCCCGGAGUCUGGGAGUCCAACACCUGCAUCGGCAUUGGUUUCAUAGUAUAUUACCAGACAGUCCAGAAGAUGGAAGUCCUGUCCGCAAAAAAAGCAACCAGCAAGGGACCUACAUUGGUUGCUUCCUGCACAACGCCAGCAAGCGAGCCCUCGGAGGAAUUAUGCUUUAUGACCUACGGAAAAUGACCAGCUCUCUGUGUCAAGACACCUGCUCAGAAAGUGGGUACCAGUUUGCAGGUCUGGAGUAUGGAGCUGAAUGCCACUGUGGGAACAGGAUCAAUAGCCCGCAGGCCCCCGAGGAGGAUUGUAGUCUGGCGUGUCGAGGGGAGAGGGGAUCACCCUGUGGAGGUGUGGGACGUCUCUCCAUUUAUAAGGUCCAGGAGCAGUUGCCGGGUCACCGGAAAUUCAGAAAUGUCCACCAGCGAGGUUGCUUCAGGCUGAUGAAGGACACCAUCGACACCUUCCCCGUCCAUUCGCUCCAACCCAACCUGACCACACAGUCCUGCAUUGAGACGUGCACAGACAAGGAGCUCCCACUGGCUGUGAUGAAGAAACCCCACUGCUUCUGUGCAUGGACGUCCUCUCUGUUCAGUCUCCACCAGCAGUCGAAACAACAAUGUAUGGAAAACGCUGGUGGGAACUACACCAGGAACUCCACACCUACAGCGACACCUGAGCAGGAGUACUAUCAGGUGUACCACACACCCGUCCUUGAUUCCAGGUGUAAGGAAAGAAUGUUUCUCCCUCAGAAGUCCAGCUCUCUGGUGGCUCUCUCCAGUUUUCCCGGAGCAGGCAACACUUGGGUCCGACACUUGAUCGAACUCAUGACAGGCUACUACACCGGAAGCUUCUACUUCGACGGCACCUUAUACAGCCGAGGUUUCAAAGGAGAGAAAGACUUCUGGAGGAACGGACGCAGUAUUUGCGUGAAGACGCAUGAAAGCGGGAAGAGAGAAAUCGAAAUGUACGACUCUGCCAUUCUGCUGAUCCGGAACCCUUAUCGAUCGCUUAUGGCGGAAUUUAACCGCAAAUGCGCCGGACAUCUUGGUCACGCGACGGACGCUCAAUGGAAGAGCAAAGAAUGGCCAGAAUUCGUCUCCAGCUACGCCCCCUGGUGGGCGUCCCACGCGUUGAGCUGGCUGAAGUUCGGACGCCGCCUCCUGGUGGUCCAUUACGAGGAGCUGCAAAGAGCGCUCCUCCCUCAGCUCCGCCUCAUCACGGCGUUCCUGAACGUCACCCCCAGCGAGGAGCGGCUGAUUUGCGCCCAGAACAAUCAAGAUGGCUACUUCAAGCGUCCGGGGACCCGGCAGCCACCCUUUGACCCUUUCACCCCUCGCAUGAGGCAAACCAUCGACUCCUUCAUUCGUACCGUCGACCAGGCUCUGCAGAGCAGGAACUUUAGCGGACUUCCUGGGGAAUACCUUCCCAGAUGAUGCCGUGGAACGUUCCGUUCCGUGCUACGGUGAACGUGAACAACUUGUGACAUAACGUUUUGGGGCGAGCAAAAUUCCCAAAAGGAUGAAUCUGUCAAUCAAAAUGCAGAAAAGGGGGGCGGGUUCUCUGCAUGUUUUUAGUAUUUCUUUUAAUGUACAUCCACAUUAAAAACAACAACAUGCCAUGCCGAUAAAAGCCUCGAUGAAAUGCUGCAAUCGUCGUAGUCAACUUUAACAUCGAGAUCGCUACACUGACGAAACGUCACAAUGGUUUGUUCCACGUUUGUGAUUUCAUUUUUUUUUUUUUUUUGAUAAAGUUUUAAUCAAACUGAGCAAAAAGAGUGACGGUGUUUGAGUUUUGGGGCUGAUUUUUAGAAUGUUUGACUAUGGAAAGCAUGUAAACAUAACCAGGGUGUCAGCUGGGAUAGGCUCCAGCAUACAUCCCAAUGACCCUAUUGAGGAUAAUGGUAAUGGUUUAAUUUCAUUUGAACAUGCAUCAGAUUACAAUUGAAUGCAUCCCAUAAUCAGUUCACAGUUCCACAUGUCCAAAAGGAGUAGGAAGAAGCAAAGCUUAUUAAAUCCUACCCCUCCAUCUGGUACUUUUACAAUCAGUAACUGUUACAUUUGUUCACUUCCUGCUUUCCUAAUAUAGUUUAAGUUAUUUUUUAUUUUUAAAAUUGUAUUUUUAUUUAUUACUUUUUUUUAUUUUGUAAUGUUUUAUUUUUUUAAUUCGUUUUUAAAAAUUGUUAUUUUUAGAAAAAUUUUAAGCUAAGCAUAGGUAACGCUAGGAAGUAGGAAGAAGCAAACUUUUACAAUCAGUAACUGUUACUUUUGUUCACUUCCUGCUUUCCAUUUUUUUUAAUUUGAUUAAUUUUAUUUAUUAUUUAUUAUUUUGUUCUUUUUUUAUUAUUUUUCUUUACUUAUUUAUAUUUUAAUUAGUGUUUAAAAUGGAUGGAUGGCCGAUUAAAACAUACUGUACUUUACGGUUAGCAUUGUCCUCAUACGACCAUUUGUUCACUUCCUGCUUUCCAUAAUACAGGUUUUUAAUUGUUUUAUGUAAAUUUAUUUUAUUUAUUUAUUUAUGUGUAUUAUUAUUUUUUUAUUUUUUUUAAAUUAAUUUAUUAAUUUAGUUUUUUAAGUAGUGUUUAAAAUGAAUGGAUGGCCGAUUAAAACAUACUGUACUUUACGGUUAGCAUUGUCCUCAUACGACCAGAUACAGAACAAAAUUUGUAGUGGGCUUGUGCUGGUAAACAAAUAUAGUUCAUUAGCUCGUCUAAGUCUCGAGUGACCUGGAAUAAACAGUCGUAUACAUUCAAAGAAUUCCCGUCCGGGAAGAACCGCAUCCACACUGACGGGCUUAUUUUAAUUCUCUCAAACAAGGUGUCUUAUUCACACACGGGUUGAUAAUUUCACACUAAGCCUCUUUGGAAUAGCAUUAACCGGAGGCCUCGGAAUCGAGUAUCUUAUAAAAACUGAAAGGAAGUGACAAGAGAGAAGUUGAGAAGACGGGAACGCCGCAUGAUGAUGGAGUCAAGUGAGCUUCUUCUUGCUUCUUCUCAUGUCAGCAGUCCUGGUGGGAACGUGUACGUAUUAUUAGUCCCUUUUGGUGGGACUCAUUCACGGAGAGAAACAGCGUCACUCUGUGGUGAAAUCUGGUAUGACAAGUCAGUGCCUUUUUAUAAUGCUCAUAUAAGUAGGACACUUUUUCUGAUGAUUUAAGCUUUUAAGUGUCCGGCGAUUACAUAAACAGGUCAGGCCCCUUGAAAUGCUCACCCUGAGCAGGAACUACACUUGUUCUGUCAUCCGUGGCUUUUUGUUGGCUUAUGCUUUCUGUCCACUGUGGUGAUGUUUACAACUGCUGCUGUAUGCAUACACACACUAGCAAACCUAGCAAAAGACUAGCCAGAUUUGGGACUAAACAUGUUCUAUCUCUUGGGUUCCCAAAGAACAUUAUGAAGAAAUGGAAGACCUCAAGUUCGGUCGGGAAAAAUGACGCCACUGCACUCAGUUGUCUUGACAAGAAGCACCGCCUUAUUCACUAAUAUUAUAACCUGCUGUAAACCCCAGUGGACAAAAAAAAAACAAAAAAACAUGGCAAUCUAUAAUGCAUAGGUGUCCAAUUCAGGGCCUGGGGGCCAAAUAUGGCCCGUACUGCAAUUUUAUCCCGCCUGCGAAACUGUUGGGAAAGUAAAAAUUCAAUUGGCUCGCCUCAUGGACCGGACUAAAAAGAGUGGUUACAUGAUCCAACCCCCCCCAAUACUGCAAAUUGUAAAUAGUUUAUGGUGUAUUUGUAAAUAAAUUAU